AGCUCGUCUGCCAUGGCCCUUUUCACCAUCCAGAGCCCGUUUGCAUCCAACCCUAUCAAAACCAAAGACGACGUGAGGGCCUACCUCGUCGGCUUGCUAGACCCUCUCGCGCCACACACCUCCCCUGGAGGGGCGCGGGUGCACCUCGGAUACACGGGCACCCACUACGAUGACAUUGCAGCCCAGCUCGAAGGGUUUUCCCGACCGAUAUGGGGUCUAGCGUCGUUGCUCGCCGGCGGGGGCGAGUACGCGGGCACGCACAGGUGGGUGAAGGGGUUCGAGAGCGGCACGGACCCGAACGGCGAUGAGUUCUGGGGGUACAUGAGAGACAAGGACCAGCGGAUGGUAGAGUGCAGCGCAAUUGGGUUCGCUCUCGCUGUUGCCAAGGACAGACUGUGGGACCCGCUCUCCGAACAGGCGAAGAACAACUUUGCCAAAUGGCUGGCGAGCAUGAACGACAAGGAGAUGCCGAACACGAACUGGCUUUGGUUUAGGGUAUUUGCGAACCUCGGAUUAACCAAGGUCGGCCACCCACUAGGGUCCAAGGAACGCAUGAAGAAGGAUCUCGACCACCUCGACACUUUCUACAUCGGCGACGGCUGGUCGCGAGACGGGCCGGAGGGUGUAGUCCAGUUGGACUAUUACUCCUCGUCCUUCGCCAUUCAGUUUGCCCAGCUAGCCUACUCCAAGCUCGCCCAGGAUGACGAUCCCGAGCGGUGCGAAGAAUUCCGUAAUAGGGCCAGAAAAUUCGCCUUUGACUUUGUUCACUAUUUCGACGAAGAAGGCCGCGGCAUACCUUUCGGCCGUUCGCUCACGUAUCGUGCGGCGAUGUCAUCGUUCUGGGGCGCUCUCGCCUUCGCCGACGUCGAACUACCCGCCCCGCUCACAUGGGGCGCAAUCAAGGGCCUGCAGCUGCGCAACCUACGCUACUGGGCUAAACAGCCCGGUGCGUACUACCCGGACGGCACGAUGACAAUCGGCUAUUGCUACCCGAACCAUAACAUGACCGAAAACUACAACUCCCCCGGCUCCCCGUACUGGUUCUGCAAGGCGUUCGCCGUCCUCGCUCUGCCCGAGAGCCACCCGUUCUGGGCGGCACAGGAGGAGCCGUACCCGGCGGCGCUGAGGAACACGGUCAAGUUCCUCGAGAAGCCGCUACACAUCGCAUCGAACCUCGGCGGGCACACGUUCCUGCUCAGCUCGGGGCAGCAGUGCUCGUACCCGGUCAAGCAGAGCGCGGCGAAAUAUGGGAAGCUGGCGUACUCAUCGGCGUUUGGAUACUCCGUCCCGGUAGGUUCGCUCACUCUCGAGGAGCUCGGCGGGGACAACACGCUUGCUCUCUCCGACGAUGCGGGCGAAGUGUGGAAAUGCCGCCGCGAGACAAAAGAGGCGCGGGUCGAGUGGGAGGGCUCAGGGGAGGGACGCAAGGGAAAGUGGCUCAGGAGCAUGUGGUACCCCUGGAAAGGGGUCGAGAUUGAGACGUGGCUCGUCCCACCGCAACCCGACACGCCGCUCUGGCAUCUUCGUGUCCACAGGAUCAAGUCAGAUAGGAAGCUGUGGAGCGCUGAGGGCGGCUUUGCGAUCUACGGUCAGGGGAAGGACGGGCGUGCGCUGGAGCCUUCGACGGGCGAGAACUUUGGUACGUUAGAAAGAGGAAGCGAAGCGCGUGCCGCGUCGAGAGCUGGUGUCAGUGGGAUCGCCGAGCUCGGUAACGGUGGCAGUAGCUCACGCAAAGGCAAAGCGAUGAGGACGGAUGCCAAUACUAAUCUCAUGGUUCCACGUGCGGUUCUGCCCACGUUGAUGGACGAACAUGGGCCGACAGGUGACAAGAGUAUCUGGUUUGUGACUGCAGUAUAUGGUCUUCCUGCCAUCGGUGAUGAAGAAGGCGCUAAGCCUGGAUGGGAGCACGAUUGGAAUAAACGGCCCAUAGUCCCGGGGGAACUGCUCCAAUUGAUGCUCUGA